UGAACAUCCGUUAAGAGCGCUGCUGUACAAGAUGGCGCAAAACUCAAGUGUAUAUGAGGCAGACAGUAUAUAUUCUGAUCCAGUGGCUGAGCAGUGUAGGACAGGAUCAGUUUUAGAUGUUGCUCAGACUUCAUCGUCAUCGUUGAAGAGACAGAGGGAUGGUCCUGAUGAGGAGGGGGAUGAAGAUGACUCUCCCAGAAAGAAGCUGGUCACCGGGGAAUUGCACAGCCUAAAAGUAGCCACACAUUACAACAAACUGCAGGAGCUUGGGUUGGCAGAACGCAAUAAAAGCAGGAUAGUUCACAUGCGCAACUUCAACAACUGGUUGAAAAGCGUGCUCAUCGGGGAGACCCUGGACAAGGUGAGGCAGAGAAGGAGAGAGGUGUCUGUGUUAGAUCUGGGCUGUGGGAAAGGAGGAGACCUUCUCAAAUGGAAGAAAGGACACAUUGACAAACUAGUGUGUGCAGAUAUCGCUGGUGUGUCCAUUGAGCAGUGUCAGCAGCGCUAUAAUGACAUAAGGCGGAGGGGCCGCACAUUCUCUACCGAGUUUAUCACGGCAGACUGCAGCAGGGAGUUGCUGUGUGAGAAGUACAGAGAUCCUGAUCUGCGGUUUGACCUGUGCAGCUGUCAGUUUGUGUAUCAUUAUUCAUUCGAGAGCGAGCAGCAGGCAGACAUCAUGCUGAGAAACGCAUGUGAGAGACUCAGACCAGGAGGAUUCUUCAUCGGAACAACUCCAGACGCAUACGAGCUGGUGAAGCGCUUGGAGGCAUCAGACUCGAACAGCUUUGGGAAUGAAGUAUACAGUGUGACCUUCCAGAAGAAAGGAGUAUACCCUUUGUUUGGCUGUCAGUAUGACUUCAACCUGGAGGGAGUUGUCAAUGUCCCAGAGUUCCUGGUGUAUUUCCCCCUGUUUGAGGAAAUGGCAAAAAAGUACAACAUGCGACUGGUUAUUAAGAAAACAUUCCGUGAGUUCUUUGAGGAGAAAGUAAAAGAUGAGAAGCAUAAGAUGCUCAUGCAGUGGAUGCAGGCCCUGGAGCAAUACCCUCCAGAUGAGACGGGCAGACCGGCGUCUGAUAGUCCGGGGGAGUAUGACCAUGCCAAGAGAAUAGCCGAGAAUCCUGCUGUUAGACUUCCACUGGGGACCUUGAGCAAGUCUGAGUGGGAGGCUACAAGCAUAUACCUGGUGUUUGUGUUUGAGAAAAUGUCGUGAGUUGGAGGGAUUCACCAUUGUGUCCGCAUGAAUGAUUGCCACAGAUGUGGAGAGUAGUGCUGUCUCAUUUCCAUUCAUUUGGUUUCUACAAGCCUGCUGAGCCUGUGCAUUUCACAAACUGUCAGAUAUUUUUAUAUUGCCACAGAAUUUCUUCGUGUGUGUGAGUGUGUGAGAGAGAGAGAGAGAGAGGAAUAGCGAAUGAGUGAGCAGUCGAGUGAAGAAAAUGUGUGCUUGCAGCACAUUUGAGAGGAUAUGUGCACGCUGCACAUAAUCAAUAUUUUCAUUCAUUCUGUGUACUGUUAUACAACGCUCACCUGGAACCCUUUCACUUCAGGUCAAAGAAUCUAACAGCCCAGUAUGGCUUACAGUCCCUUUGGGUUUUACUUAGAUUUGUAGUCCACAAUUGCCUUCAAGCUAGACUAAACUCCGUAUAGGAUUCCCUUGUUCUGAAAGUCACAGAAUUACAUCAAAAACAAAAAAAUGUCCAGCUGUGAAGGGUUUGAUUAAUAUCCUGUGUGUUGUGUAAUUGGGGCCACCAGCUGUUCUUUGACAUGUAGAACCUCAGCUUCAAUCCAUGAUUUUUUUAUUUUAUUUUUUUACAUAAAAGGCAUACUGGCAUAGGGUAUUUCUUUCCUAAAAAACAAAAAUACGUAUUUUCUCUUCUGACGUCAUUGUGUAAUGUUGUUCCUGUAAGCUGUCCAGGGACUGUAAACCUAUUGUAGGAGUAAUAAAUCCAAGAAUUACAAAAAAAGUGUAUUUGUAUCAAGAUUAUUCUCAAGUAAGAAGGUACAAUACACCUGCUUUAUACUAUAGACAAAAGAAUAAGGUAUAAAUGAUUUAAUAAAAUAAAAAAUGAUGCAUGGUA